AUGACACAUCACACGAGACAAAAGGAAAACAAGCUUCAAGCUGAAGCCAACUCGUUUCAUGCCACCCCAAGCAAGGUUGCAAAACCCGGCAACCCGUCUCCGAUGGUCAAUGGAGAACAGAUGCGACGUUUCGUGGGUCGGAAGAUCCGGACAGUCCUGAGAGUGGUGCGAGUGGACCCCGGUAUAAUCACAGCUCAGACGUGUGACAAUGCUACAGUCACAGUCCGCGCGUUGACUCGGUCACCGUGGGAUAACUCGCAAUUCGUCGAGGUGAUUGGUGUUCCCGAGAACGACACGACCAUUCGCGAAGAGUCGUCGACCGCUUUCGGAAAUAACUUCGACCAAAGCAACUACAACCAGCUCUGCACCCUGGUCCAUGGCGAAUUCCAUUCUCUUUUUCUCCCGUGA